ACAUAUUCUACGAACUAUAUAUCGAUCGAGCUCCUCUUCUUUCUCUCACAGCCUGCAAUCCACAAGAAGCCUACGCCACCAUGGUUUAUUGCGUCUGCAACAAAGCCACUCUAUUAAUCAGCCUUUUAUCCAUCUCCAUUGUCAGGUUUGGACUUGCCUCCGUCGUCUCCACCGGGGACUUCAACACAGAUUUCCACAUCACCUGGUCUCCCAGCCAUGUCAACACCUCGGCCGAUGGCCAUUCAAGGACCCUCAUGCUGGACCAGGAAUCGGGAUCAUCCUUUGCAUCCAACAACAUGUUCUUGUUCGGCGAGAUCGACAUGAGGAUCAAGCUGAUACUUGGGUACUCGGCUGGCACAGUGCUCGCCUACUACCUCACUUCUGAUCGACCUAACAGGGACGAGAUCGACUUCGAGUUCCUCGGAAACGUGACCGGGCAACCUUACAUUCUGCAGACAAAUAUCUACGCCGACGGGUCGGGUAACCGGGAGGAGAGGAUCUAUCUGUGGUUCGAUCCCACCAAAGACUUCCACACCUACUCCAUCUUCUGGAACCUGUACCAGAUCGUGCUGAUGGUGGACUGGGUGCCAGUUAGGGUUUACAGGAACCACGCAGACGAGGGUGUGGCCUUCCCAAGAUGGCAGCCGAUGACUCUCAAGGCGAGCCUGUGGAACGGCGACAGCUGGGCGACACGGGGAGGGGAGGACAAGGUGGAUUGGUCCAAGGGGCCCUUCGUGGCCACGCUGGGGGACUACAAGAUCGACGCCUGCGUUUGGAAGGGCAACCCCAGGUUUUGCAGGGCAGGGAGCAACAGCAACUGGUGGAACAAGCCAAGGCUGCGGAGCCUUACAGGGCGGCAGAGGAGGCUGCUGAAAUGGGUGAGGAAGUACCACCUCAUCUAUGACUACUGCCAAGACCCCAAGAGAUUCCAUGGUCAGCUGCCAACAGAGUGCUCACUACCCAAGUACUGAGAUGGAGCUAAUUAAUAGGCUCAUCCAAGAUGAUAUUUGAUGAUAGCAGACCUGUCCGAUCCAUAUAUGUUUAUUCCAGUUUUCUUUCAUUUUGGAUGUAAGACUAAAUCGAAAUAUUACACAUAAGUUUAUA